AUGCGUGGGAUCUCCUCCUCCAGUUCUAUUUAUCGACUCAAUGCUGCGCUCAAUUUGAUCACUUUCGCUUGUUGUCGUGGCUAUUGUCUGUACCGGGUCACAUAUGGAAUAUAUGUGGAAUCGGACAAACUAUCCACCUUUUAUCUGACCAUUUUGUGCAUCAGUAUGCUCAUCAUGAACUUGAUAAAUCCGAUGUUGUUUUGGAUUUUGUUACGGAAUGAUUUCCUUCGUGUGCCCACCUCGUCCACUCGGGUGUCUCAUACCACGUCUGGCAAGGUUCAGCGUGCAGUCUUCCCUCCAUCUAGCAUGGGUCGAUCCGGUGGUUCUGUAACCUUCGAGCAGCUUCAUGACAAAUCUGCAGGAAACGGCAUGGUUCUGUCGGAGGUUGGAUUCACUUAA